GGGCGGCCCUGCAGACGCCCGAGCUCGCAGUUGCUGCGGUGGCCGCGGGCAGGCCGGGCGCAGGGUAAGUGCUCCGGGGCUGGCCCGGGGCGCGUGACCCUUUUUCGAGCCCUCCCAGCCCGAGCCGAGCCUCCCAGGGACCCCCCGCGGGAUCCCAAGGGUGCCCGGUUGCCCUCGGUUCUAGCGUUUCCCAGCUCAGGGCAACGCGGGCAGGCAGUGAUAACCCAGGGGCCCCCUAUAGAGGGGAAGGACAGGAGACAAAGCGUGCACCUCACCUUGAAAACGAGGGUGUGGACGAAAGCUACCCUUUUGUAUGGAGUGAUUCCCUGGGCCAGGUGAAGAUACCAAGACUCAAGGAAGCCAAGUUACUCGCCAGGGGGUCACACCGCCCACAGAGGCAGAGCCGGAACUCACCCAGAUCCUGAGAAGACAGAAAGAUGGCUGCCUGGAAUGAAAAGGCAGUCACACGCAGGCCCAGGGUGGCUCCCGCUGAGAGGAUGAGCAAGUUCUUGAAACACUUCACCGUCGUCGGGGAUGACUACCACGCCUGGAACAUCAACUACAAGAAGUGGGAGAAUGAGCAGGAGGAGGAGGAAGAAGAGCAGCCGCCGCCCACUGCAGCCUCGGCCGAGGAGGGCAGAGCCACUGACCCCACCCCGGCCCCGGCCCCUGUGCCCAGGCCCCGCCUAGACUUCAGGACCACUUUGAGGAAGCUCUUCAGCGCCCACAGGUUUCAGGUUAUCAUCAUCUGCCUGGUCGUCCUGGACGCCCUCCUGGUGCUUGCCGAGCUCGUUCUGGACCUGAAGAUUAUCCAGCCCGACAAGAAUCACUAUGCCCCCAGGGUGUUCCACUACAUGAGCCUUGCCAUCCUCACCUUUUUCAUGAUGGAGAUUUUCUUUAAGAUAUUUGUCUUCCGCUUGGAGUUCUUUCACCACAAGUUUGAAAUCCUGGACGCCAUCGUGGUGGUGAUUUCCUUCAUCCUCGACAUCGUCCUCCUCUUCCGGGAGCAUGAGUUCGAGGCUCUAGGACUGCUGAUCCUGCUCCGGCUGUGGCGGGUGGCCCGGAUCAUCAAUGGGAUAAUUAUCUCGGUUAAGACACGUUCAGAACGGCAACUGUUAAGGUUAAAACAGAUAAACAUACAACUGGCCACCAAGAUCCAGCACCUUGAAUUCAGCUGCUCUGAGAAGGAACAAGAAAUUGAGAGACUUAACAAGCUAUUGAGACAGCAUGGACUUCUUGGGGAGGUGAACUAGACGCACACCUUCUCCAGCCCAAAGGGAAGACCUGCCUCAUGGGCUUGUGACGAGGAAGACAGCCGCCCCUCUGGGGCCAUGUCGGGGAGAGAUUUGGUUUGAUGGCUUUGUCUCACUGCUGCGGCUCGGAUUCUGGGGGACACAGCCUUUCAGAGGCUCUAUUUCUUAUCUUGGUGUGACUGAGAAUCUCCCACCCCACACUGUGUAACAAAUGUAUCAUAAACUAUAUUUUUCUCAUGUUGAACACUUAACUCUUGCUUGAAAAUGAACAAGCUGGACAAUUACUAGCCGUAUAUAAAAUUUAAUCUCAUCAAA